CAGUGGGUCUGCUAGCCCCAGAGUGAGCGGUCAUGUGACCGGGAAGAUGGCCGCCUUUCCCUGGCAUUCCAGGAAUAGGAACUACAAAGCUGAAUUUGCAUCAUGCCGAUUGGAGGCUGUACCAUUGGAGUUUGGGGACUAUCACCCACUGAAACCUAUAACUGUCACAGAGACAAAGACAAAGAGGGUGAGCCGGAAGGGAAGCACUUCUUCCACAUCCUCCUCCUCCUCCAGCUCCAUGGUGGACCCACUGAGCAGUGUCCUCGAUGGGACUGACCCCCUGUCCAUGUUCGCUGCCACCGCAGACCCUGCAACCAUGGCAGCUUCCUUGGAUAGCUCCAGAAAGAAACGUGAUAGAGAUGAUAACUCCUUUGUGGGAUCGGAUUUUGAGCCAUGGGCCAACAAACGGGGUGAAAUCCUUGCCCGGUACACGACUACAGAAAAGCUCUCUAUUAAUCUGUUUAUGGGAUCUGAGAAAGGCAAAGCUGGGACUGCCACAUCAGCAAUGUCGGAGAAGGUUCGGACCCGCUUGGAGGAGCUGGAUGAUUUUGAGGAGGGAUCCCAAAAGGAGUUGUUGAAUUUGACUCAGCAGGAUUAUGUGAACCGCAUAGAGGAGCUCAACCAGUCGCUGAAGGAUGCCUGGGCCUCGGACCAGAAAGUGAAGGCUCUGAAAAUAGUCAUACAGUGUUCAAAGCUUCUUUCAGACACCAGCGUUAUUCAGUUCUACCCAAGCAAAUUUGUCCUCAUCACCGACAUACUUGAUACGUUUGGAAAACUUGUGUAUGAGCGCAUCUUUUCCAUGUGUAUGGACAACCGCAGUGUCUUACCAGAUCACUUUUCUCCCGAGAACGUAAAUGACACAGCCAAGGAGACAUGCCUCAAUUGGUUCUUCAAGAUUGCUUCCAUCAGAGAACUCAUUCCAAGAUUUUAUGUGGAAGCAUCCAUCCUGAAGUGUAACAAGUUCCUCUCCAAAAUGGGAAUUUCAGAGUGCCUGCCUCGAUUGACGUGCAUGAUUAGGGGCAUCGGGGACCCACUGGUUUCGGUGUACGCCCGAGCCUACCUGUGCCGGGUGGGAAUGGAAGUGGCUCCACAUCUCAAAGAAAGCCUAAAUAAGAACUUUUUUGACUUUCUCCUUACUUUCAAACAGAUUCAUGGGGAUAUGGUCCAGAACCAGCUAGUGGUCCAGGGAGUGGAGCUCUCAUCCUACCUGCCCUUGUACUCGCCUGCCAUGGACUGGAUCUUCCAGUGCAUUUCCUACCACGCGCCCGAGGCUCUGCUGACUGAGAUGAUGGAGAGAUGUAAGAAACUAGGAAACAAUGCCUUGCUGUUGAAUUCUGUGAUGUCAGCCUUUCGGGCCGAGUUCAUUGCCACAAGGUCUAUGGAUUUCAUUGGCAUGAUUAAAGAGUGCGAUGAGUCUGGUUUCCCCAAGCAUCUCCUUUUUCGCUCACUGGGGUUAAACUUGGCCUUGGCUGAUCCUCCUGAGAGUGAUCGACUGCAGAUUCUCAAUGAAGCUUGGAAAGUUAUCACUAAAUUGAAGAAUCCACAGGACUACAUUAAUUGUGCUGAAGUGUGGGUAGAAUACACCUGCAAGCAUUUCACGAAACGAGAGGUGAACACUGUUUUAGCUGAUGUCAUCAAGCACAUGACUCCAGAUCGCGCGUUUGAAGAUUCCUACCCUCAGCUUCAGUUAAUCAUUAAGAAAGUUAUCAACCACUUCCAUGAUUUCUCAGUUCUUUUCUCAGUGGAAAAAUUCCUGCCGUUUUUGGACAUGUUCCAAAAAGAGAGCGUGCGGGUAGAGGUUUGCAAAUGCAUCAUGGAAGCCUUUAUCAAGCAUCAGCAGGAGCCCACCAAGGACCCCGUCAUCCUGAAUGCCCUUUUGCAUGUUUGCAAGACCAUGCAUGACUCUGUGAAUGCACUCACUCUUGAGGAUGAGAAAAGAAUGCUGGCAUAUUUGAUUAAUGGAUUUAUAAAAAUGGUUUCCUUUGGCCGUGAUUUUGAACAGCAGCUAAGUUUUUAUGUUGAGUCCAGGUCGAUGUUUUGCAAUCUGGAACCUGUUCUCGUUCAGUUGAUUCAUAGUGUGAACCGGUUGGCAAUGGAAACAAGAAAAGUAAUGAAAGGAAAUCAUUCCAGAAAGACAGCUGCAUUUGUUCGGGCCUGCGUUGCCUACUGCUUCAUCACCAUUCCCUCCCUGACAGGGAUCUUCACACGGCUCAACCUCUACCUGCAUUCUGGCCAGGUUGCCUUGGCCAACCAGUGCCUCUCCCAAGCCGAUGCUUUUUUCAAAGCUGCUAUCAGCCUCAUUCCAGAAGUUCCAAAGAUGAUCAAUAUUGAUGGAAAGAUGCGGCCAUCAGAAUCAUUCCUUCUGGAAUUCCUCCGUAAUUUCUUUUCUACUUUAUUAAUAGUGCCGGAUCAUCCUGAACAUGGGGUCCUGUUCCUUGUCCGAGAGCUCCUCAACGUGAUCCAGGACUACACCUGGGAGGACAACAGCGAUGAUAAAAUCCACGUCUACACCUGUGUCCUGCAUCUCCUAUCCGCCAUGAGCCAGGAAUCCUAUCUCUACCACAUAGACAAAGUUGACUCCAAUGACAGCCUCUAUGGGGGAGACUCGAAGUUCCUGGCAGAAAACAACAAGCUGUGCGAGACGGUGAUGGCUCAGAUCCUGGAGCAUCUGAAAACCCUGGCCAAGGAUGAGGCCCUGAAGCGCCAGAGCUCCUUGGGCCUUUCCUUCUUUAACAGCAUCUUGGCCCACGGGGACCUGCGUAACAACAAGCUGAACCAGCUCUCUGUCAACCUGUGGCACCUGGCGCAGAGGCACGGCUGUGCGGACACCAGGACCAUGGUGAAAACUCUGGAAUACAUCAAGAAGCGAAGCAAACAACCAGACAUGAGUCAUCUGACUGAGCUGGCCCUCAGACUCCCUCUGCAAACGAGGACUUGACCCCUAAGCCCAUCCCCCAGGACCUAGGGGGCUGUGGUGCCAAGUCCAGAAAGACUUGAUUUGCUGCCCUGAACUCUUAAUGGAAGUUAAGUUUUUUGUUAUUUUACUUUUACAUAUACAUACAUUGGUAUAAGCUUUGGCCUCUACCCAGAUUCUUCUGGGUAGUGAAGAAGCAGGAGUUGUCACAGCAUUAAAAUCUAAUCUUGUUCGCCAAGCA